AUGGCAGCCGCAGGCGGAGAGGGCCCGAGCUCCAGCCGGCCGCUCCAGGACCCACCGAGGCGGCCGCCGCGGGACGGUUACGGUGUCUAUGUGUACCCGAAUUCUUUCUUUCGAUAUGAAGGAGAAUGGAAAGGAGGGAAGAAACACGGCCAGGGGAAGCUGCUGUUUAAAGAUGGGAGUUAUUACGAAGGCAAGUUUGUGGACGGGGAGAUCACGGGAGAAGGCUGCCGGCUCUGGGCCUCAUCAGGAAACACCUAUUCUGGACAGUUUGUUUUGGGAGAGCCUCAAGGACACGGCGUCAUGAAGUACAAAGCUGGCGGACAUUAUGAAGGGGAGUUCUCCCACGGCCUGAGAGAAGGACAUGGGCGCCUGGUGGACCGGGACGGACAGGCCUACUGGGGGUCGUUCCAUGAGAACAAGAGGCACGGCCGGGGGCACAUGGUCUUCCGGAACGGUGACAAAUACGAAGGCGACUGGGUCCGGGACCAGCGUCAGGGGCACGGUGUGCUGUGCCGAGCUGACGGCUCCACCUACGAGGGGCAGUGGCACAGUGACGUCUUCAGUGGCCUGGGCAACAUGACCCACUGCUCUGGGGCCAUCUACCACGGGAUGUGGAUCAAUGGCCACCCGGUGGCACAAGCCAAGAGGAUCGUGAUUUUGGGUCCGGAGGUGAUGGAUGUGGCUCAGGGGUCUUCCUUCACGUUGAACAUCCAGCUGCAGCAGGACAAUGGGGAAGUGGCCAGGAGCGAGGAUGGCCGGGUUUUGAAGAUCUCAGCCGGCGUCAGGUAUGUGCAGCUCCCGGCCUACUCAGAGGUCAGCUUCUUCCAAAUGGACAAGGACAACCAAGAGCCACCCAUCCAGACCCCAUUUGGGUUUGACUGCAUUGCCUAUCCUCUGUGGAGUCCCAAGUCCGGGGGCCUGGAGCCCAGAGCUGCCCUGGAAAGUGCCGGAGAUCCGCCUCUCCUCACAGGGGUCCUGGAGCCAGGUCUUUCUGUUCUUCACUUCUCAGGAGAGACCUCCUCCUCUUCCCGGGGUUGUGAGCCCCACUGCCCUGAGGACUGCCGGUGUGUCGAACAAGGUUGCGCCCGAUUCUCGGAUGUCCGCCUUGGGCCCCCACCGCCCGGGUACAGCCCCAUUCUCUUUCUCGACGGCCUCCGUGAGGAGGCGGGCUGUAGGCCCAGAGGCAGCCUGGGCCCCAGGAGGACGAUGCCCACCGUGCAGGACCCGCCAGGAGGCAGCAGGCCUGACGGGGCAGCCACGACCGAGCCGGCGGCAGCAGCCUUCCCAGGGGAGUAUGUCAUCAUGAUCUGCGAUGUGACCGACCCUCCCUUCCUGGGCCACACGCUGCCCACCGCCUUCAAACACCUUCGGGUCUUGGGGAAGGGGACGGACCAGCAGCCCCACUUCCCUGGAGAAGGCCCCGAAUCCCCGAGCUAG